AUGGUCCAACUUAACCCCGGUAGCCUGGUUCAGUAUCAGCGUUUGACUUCCCUCUUACCACCAUGGCCAGCAGUAAUCUGCACAGAUGACAUGGCACCCGACGAGAUACUGCAAACCCGCCCAUGCGGUAAUGCAUAUGUCACUCUUGUGUUGCUUUUAGGCCAUGAUCUAAGUUUCCGCUGGGCACGCACAACCGAGUUGACCGAGUAUGAUCCUUCGGUACAAUAUAAUGAUUUCAUGGUAAGACAUACACCAGGCCUUGAAUAUGCGUAUGAGAUGGCGAACAAUGCACUUGAAGGUGGCAUAGGCCUAGACGACUGGCGAGAACAGUACCUGGCUACCACCGCAGAUGCAAAUGACAAUGUAUCGGAAGCAGACUCAGACUCCAACAACACCUGUUCGGAUCCCGAGUGGAUGGAGGCUAUUCGACUGAGUCGGGAAGAGUACUAUAGUCAUACUGCAAACAAAGUGGAAGAGACAUCUAGGUGUGCGCCUUCUUGCUCGCCUCCCAAGUCAGCAGCGAGUUCUAGUCGCCAGCACACUGCUACAAACGAGGGAUUACCAGCCUCUACAGGUUCUGGCACAAGUGUGUCAGUACCACGAAAUGACGGAGACUGCAGCAUGUCAGACUCAACGUCUGAAAAUUCGAAUGACGCAACUACAGAACCUAAAGACGGAGAGCUAGUCAACACACCAUCCUGCCUACCGCCAUCUUUACUAGACGACGCAUGGGACCAUGUAAACAAGACUCUGAGCAAAGCAACCAGUGAUACAGUAGAUUGCGAACUCUCCGAAAGCAAACAGUUUGUCCAAGUGCGCGUUGGCCCAACCAACGAAGUCAGAAUCCUACACACGCAAUACGUCUGGAACCGCACUUACUUCCGGGACCCCAGACAAGGCCUAAACUACUUCGGCUACACCGACGGCAUCUGGGAACUGCAGCAUCCCGCUCUCUCCACCAUCCAACCAGCAGACUUUACCCUCGCAGCAGAGUACCUGGAAAGCGGCGGCUUUGGGUUCCGCGCGCCCUGCGCAGGCGAAAUGGAUGCUGCUUUUGCGCAGUGCGUUGCUGCGUGGUUCGUUGCUCAUGCGCUUAACAUGGCGGAUCUCAUGGACGAUAUUGUGGAUAAACUCGAAGAAGUCGUCCUCACGCCUGGUUUGGCGCAUGUCUUGCGCUUUGCCCGCCGCGUGUACGCGUCCACGUCUAGGAAUGCGGGGUCUCUGUAUCACGAUCGGCUCAAGGAGUACCUGGCGGGGUUUGUGGCGGAGAAUUGGUGGGCAUAUCUUACGAGCGAUUUGAGGGACGACUUUAUGCAGGCGGUUAGGGAGUGUCCCGAGUUGGAGAGGGAUGUUUACGAGACGCGGAUUGUGAUGCUUGAGGAGCGGGUGCAAGAUGAAGAGGAAGAGGAGGUGGAUGACGAUGAUGACAGUGAAGAGAGCGAAGAGAGUGAAGGAGACACGGAAUGA